AUGGAGCCAGGGGGACCACAUUCAGCACAAGGCAGAGAUGAGAUCCUCCCACCACCGAACUCGACCACCUCCAACACCCGGCUGCACCUAGAAAUCCUGUUCAAGAAAGUCACGAACAAAACCGGUGACAAAGGGCAGCCCUUGAGGGCUCCAACCCUCACCGGGAACAGGCAUGAGUUGUUGCCGGCCGCGUGGACCAGACUCAUGCUCCUGCGGUACAGGGACUGUGUGUUUCAUGUGAAUUCCAGAUCCAGUUAUGAUGACUGCAAAAAGGCUGCUGACUGGCUGCUGUACCGGACCAAGCAGCGACCCAAAGUAGCUAUCAUUUGUGGGUCAGGCUUGGGCGGCCUGGCUGAGUUGAUAGAUGACAAAACUAUUUUCCCGUAUGAGGACAUCCCAGGUUUCCCAACUAGCACCGUCGCAGGCCAUGCUGGUCAACUGGUUUUCGGGACGCUCCAGGGCCAGGAGUGCGUCUGCAUGCAGGGCCGGUUCCACUUCUACGAAGGCUACAGCAUGGAAACUGUGACAUUCCCUGUGCGAGUCUUCUCUCUGCUGGGCGUUGAAACUCUGAUUGUGACAAAUGCAGCUGGUGGACUAAAUGCCAGCUACAGAGUGGGAGACAUCAUGGUUAUUAAGGAUCAUAUUAACCUGCCGGGUUUUUCUGGACAGAGCCCACUGGUUGGGCACAAUGAUGACAGGUUUGGAGUACGUUUCCCCUGCAUGUCAGAUGCUUACGACCGGAACCUGAGAGCUUUGGCUAUUGAGGCAGCACACGAACAGAAAUGUGGCAGCUUUCUGCAGGAAGGAGUUUACUGUAUGGUGGCUGGUCCAACAUACGAGACCAUUGCUGAGUCUAAUCUCCUGAAGAAGUUGGGGGCAGAUGCCGUUGGUAUGAGCACUGUCCCAGAAGUGGUGGUGGCUCGUCACUGUGGCUUGCGUGUCUUGGGUCUCUCGCUGAUCACCAACAAAGUUGUGACAGAUUAUGACAGUAAUGAGAAAGCAAACCAUGAAGAGGUGCUAGCGACCACCAGCCUCCGGGCGCAAGACCUCCAGAGGCUUGUCAGACAUCUUAUCACGAAGAUCUAG